AUUAAAUAUUAUUUAAUCUAGGCAUGUUCUUACAACAAUCUUGAGUCCAAUAUUUUGGGUUGGAUUAUGAACAGAAACUCUAACAUUCAUUUUAUUCAAUCCUGCAAAAGCCUUUAUGAAGCAAGAGAGAUUUACUUGAAUCUUAAAAGGAAUCAUCCACUUUCUGAUGAUUCCUUCCUCAGCAACAAACUCAUCCAGAUGUUUGGCAAAUAUGGAAGCCCACAAGAGGCACCCCAAAUCUUUGAUACCAUCAAACACAAAGACUCCUUUUCGUGGGCUUUCACUCAAAACUCCCAUCUUAAACAUGCAAAAGAGAUCUUCGACAAAAUGCCGCAAAAGGAUGUCUUUGCAUGGACAUCCAUGCUCUUGGCAUAUGCCCGAAAUGGGCAUCUUGUCAAUGCCCAAAAAACAUUUGAUGAGAUGCCGCAACACAGCCUUCUCUCAUGGAGUGCAAUCCUGUCAGUCCACGCACACAGCUGGGAUCUAAAAUAUGCCGAAAGGAUUAUCUCCGGGAUGCCCGAGUAUGAUCUCGUGUCUAGGAAUUCCAUUCUUGCGGCAUACGCCCGGAACGGGCAUGUAGAGGGAGCGAAACGUGUUUUCGAUUCUAUGGAGGCUCGUGACCUUGUGUCAUGGACGACAAUCUUGGUUGCCUUGUCGCAGGGCGGAGAUUUGCACGGAGCAAAGCUUUUGUUUGAUGCAAUGCCGCAGCACGAUCUCGUCGCCUGGACCACGAUGCUUGGCGCGUACGGACUGAACGAGGAUGUCGAUUCGGCACAAAGGAUUUUCCGCGAGAUGCCUGAGAUAGAUCUCGUUUCGUGCAAAACCGUGAUGCGAUGCUGCCGUGAUGCUAGACAAUCAAAGCUUAUAUUUGACUCCAUGGCGCAGAGAGCUCUCUUGUCGUGGACAACAAUGCUCGCUGUUCUUGCCAAGAACAGCCCCGGGGAGGAAACCAAGAGCUUUUUCUAUCAAAUGCCGGAGCUUGAUCUUACUUCCUGUACGAUAAUGUUGCUCUCACAACCCUCAGACUAGGAGCUUGUGAAGAUUUUAUCAAAUGCCGCAGCUAGACCUGUGCUCUUGGAACUCUAUUCUUUCGGCGUAUGCUCAAUCUGGGCAUUGUGACUUUGCUUUAAGACUCUUUAACGAGAUGCCCGAAAUGGAUAUGGUUUCGUGGAACACAAUGUUAAAUGCGUUUGUUCUAACUAGCAAACUACGUGAAGCUGCUUUACUCUUCACGACGCCAAAGAUCUAAUCUUAAGCAUGCCGUUCGUUCCCAGUGCUCUCGAGUGGACGUGCCUUCUCGGAGCAUGCAAGAGCCACGAGGAUUAUAACAAUCUAAUACUGGGAGACGAUGUAGUGAGAUCUGUAAUGGACGUAGCCGACGCAACCCCCAAGACACCCUAUGCUUUACUAGCAAAUGUCUACACAAGCUCCCAAACAAAAAAUCAAUGAUAGCGCGUGGACCUGGAGAAGUUUAUGCAAUCAGUGCCACGUCGUGACACUUCAUCAGAGUGUUCAAGAAACGCAAGACAUAACACUACAAACUUGCAGUUGUCUAUCCAAUCUUUGAGGAAUACGUGCAUAAAAUCUCGUCAAAUUGUGCGUGAAGGAAGUUGCUUUGCUUGCUUCAUAUGGUCAGACCUUGUGGCCAAUCAGAUGUUCUCCUGCCUAGUAUAUAAGUGCAAGCCUCCUCGCAUCGAUCAUACCUUUCUCUUGCGCAAUCCAAGAUGUGUUUCGGUUUCUCUCAAUCCUCUAGGCGAAAGCAGAGGCAAAGGCGCCCGUCUGCAGCAACAGGCGCCUUCGUGGGGGAUGCCGGCAGUGGCGGAGCUUGUGCUGGCACUGGCGGCGGAGGCUGUGGUGGUGGUGGUGGUGGUGGCUGCGGAGGCGGCGGCGGCGGAGCCUGCUAAAUACUCUGUAUGAGAAAUAGCCAUGCAUAUGAAUGUUUCCAAGGAUUGAGCUGGCCACGACCUUAGCACUGUUUCGGAACUAGUAAGUAGAAUCUCGUAGAAUCUAUUCAGCAAUUCUAUGUACUUCAGGUACUAUAGUGAUUCAAGUAAAAUCCAAAAAAAGGGAAACAUCCAACUUACAAUACAACGUUUUGAGCGCUCUUCUCUUGUCUUCUCUCGAGUAAAAGCUUUGAUUCUUCUAGCU